CUUAUAGUAAAAUCGCCAAGGUUAAGUAAUCUGUUGUUACUGCGUUAGAAGAGUUUAAAUUUGGCAAAUUUUCAAGAUGGCGGAAUCUACGUUUUUCAGGGCUUUUCGUAAAAUAUCAAUAUCUCAACAACGAUACAACUUUUUGAUUUGCGCCUUUUACCAAAAUUCUUUAAAAUGUUUGGUCUACAAAAGCCUCCUGCUUUGGAAAAGUUUCGAGAACAUCGAUUGAAGGCCACUCCGCUGUAAUAGGUCGUGGCUUACGUGCAAUGGCUCCUAAGGAAUAAAAAUAGAAAAGAAGAAUAAAACGUUUUUAAUAUCAUAUCAUCAUAACAGUUUGUCAAUCUAUUUCAUCUAGAAAUAUGGCGAUGUCCAUUAGAUUACAGAUACAAUACAGUUGAAAUUUUUUGAAUUUUUUCAUAGGUAAUAAAUUUCUGUCGGGAACAGAUGCUAAUGUCAAAAUCCGUUUUUACGAUGAGAAAGAUCAAGAAAGUGAAGAAUUUCAUUUAUCGCAUGAAAAAAGCAAGAUGAAGAAAAAAGAUUUGUUUGAAAGAAAUCAGUUGGAUCAAUUUCAUGUGGGUACAAUGAAAGAUUUGUCUGAUUUAAAGAGAAUUGAAAUUCUGCAUGAUGCUGAAAAAAACAGUGGAUGGUAUUGUGAUUAUGUUGAAAUUGUUGAUCGCCAAACUAAUAAAACAUACUGUUUUCCCUGUGAUCACUGGCUUGAUGGUGAUGACGCUAAUGGUCUUACACGUAUCGAAUUAGUCUAUGAUAAAAAUAUCGAUUGUAAACAAUUGAAAUCGAAUGAUGUACUACAAAUCUAUGAUAGCAAAAAUAAAACAUUAACCGCUUACACCAUUCAAACAAAAACUAAUCCAAACAGUGAUCAUUUAACCGAUGAUGGAAUAGUGUAUGUGAAACUGUUUGAUAAUGAAAAGUCAACAGAAGAUAUUCCGUUAAAAUAUUCUGAACUACAUAAAAAACCAUUUGAGAAAGGAAAUAUUGACAAAUUUCAUGUGUCAAGUGAAUUUUUAAUGCAUCAAAUUAAAAAAUUAUCCAUAUGGCAUGAUUUUCACAAAUCAAUUAAUUUCGAUUGGAUCGAAGUUAAGAAUAAUCGAACUAGAGAUAUUAAUUGUUUUCCAUUAAAUACUCCGUUGUUAUCAAGAAAGAAUUCACUAACAAACAGAAGGGAAUGUACACAUUAUUAUACAAAAUCAUGCGAAGUCGAGAAUGACAUGAAAAUAAAUAAAGUAGUGAACGAUAUUUUAUUGCCUGAGCAUAUUCAUACUGUUUCCAAACCUGCUACGAGUCCACAUGAAAAUUAUCGAACAAAAUAUCGUGUUCGUGUCAAAACUGGUAAAGCGAAAGAUCUAUUUCGAACAGGAGGAAAAGAUAUACAGGUGUAUUUGAAAAUAUUCGACGACAAAGAAGCAACCGAAGACGAUAUUUUUUAUGUUAGUACUGAAUAUAAGAUGAAUAAUAUUGUUAAAGCUGAACUAUUUUAUACAGGAAGAAAAAAUAAUGGCUGGUAUAUUGAAUGGCUGGAAAUUGUCAAUGAAGAAACGAGUCAAUUUUAUUGCUACCUGAUCAACCGAUGGUUGAAUUUGAAUAAUAAAGAUGGUGGAAUACGAAUUGAAUUGACAAAUCCUUCAUCAAGACCAUGUGAAGAUUCGCCUCUGCUGAGAAAAUCGGUUAAACAGUCAUUAGAAUCAAACAAUCUAUCAUUAUAUGAAAGUCAUUUUCAGGUCAAAAUUAAAAAAGGCAGUAAAGGUAUAUUGGGUCUGUUAGGUGAUAAGACACCACCCUACGUGUAUCUCCGUAUUACUGAUGAAAAUGAUCAAAAAUCAGAAAAUAUUUUACUGAAAUAUCCACGACGUGAUGAUAAGCAUGGGAAAUCAUUUCAUAGUGGAUACAUUAAUAUAUACGAUAAUAUUGGAAGUCAAAAAUGUUUAGGAAACAUUAAAAAAUUAGAAUUAUGGCAUGAUUCACGCGAUAAAGAAUACAUGUGGUUUUGUGAUUGGUUAGAAAUGUAUGAUUUUAGACAUGGUAGAUAUUAUUGCUAUCGUGUACAAAAAAAAUUAGAUUAUAAAGUGGGUACAGAACAAAAUCCAAUUGAAUUGAUACACUAUUCAGAUACUGCAUGUUCUUCUGGUCGGAGUUCGAAACCCACAUUAUUAUCAAACUAUAAUGAAAAAUCAAAAUAUGUCACAGCAUCAUCGGGAACCGAUAAUCAAACACAGAUUCCCAGUCAUUCACUUCCGACACACAUAUUUGAUAAGAAUCAACAACAACAGACAUCGAUACAUUCGACUUAUCAAAAUCAAGAUUCACCGGUCUAUGCCACAAAGUAUCAUAUUAAGACAAAAACGGGUGCACAUAGUUUCUUUCACACAUCUGAUGAUACAACAAAAGAUGCUAUUGUUUAUUUGAGAGUGUAUGAUACUAGAACAGAAAGUGAACCAAUCUUUUUAAAAAAUUCUCUCGAAAAUAAACAUCCAUUUCAAGAAGGAUACGAAGAUUAUUUUGAAGUUGGAACAGAAAAAGAAAUUGGUGAUUUGCAUAAAGUCGAUUUAUGGAUUGAUGAUGACAAAAAAUGGUUCUGUGAUUACGUUCAAAUUACCGAUAAGAAAACAGAUCGUCUAUAUUGUUUUCCUUGUCAUCGUUGGCUGAAUAAAGAUGAAAACAGUACAUUGGUUCAACUACAAACCUACUAUGACAAACCCUGUGAUGGAGUAAUGAAAGAAGUCGAGCUGAAACCUCAUAAUCAAAAACUUUUCACAGCAUCGCAAAUUCCUACGUCUGAUGCUAGGACGUCAACAGAUUAUUCAGCAAAUUUUAUUCGUCAUUAUAAGGUUCGUGUCAAAACGGGUAAACAUGAUAAUAAGCGUAAAGGUCAAGAUAAAGAUUUAAAUGUUUAUAUAAAAUUAUUUGACGGUACUCAAUCAUCUGAAGAUAUUCACUUGAAAUCUAGUGCAUUAUCAACUGAUAGUAGAAAACAUUAUUGGCCCUUUGAAAAGAAUAAUAUUGACACGUUCCAUGUGAGCAGUGUGACAAAAUUAGAUAAUCUAGUCAAAUUGAUUGUCUAUCAUGAUUCUUCCGAUGACAACGAUGGACUAUACAUUGAUUGGAUUGAAAUGAUCGAUUUAGAUCGAGAUAAUAAAGUUUAUUGUUUCCCAAUCAAUGCUUGGUUAGAUGUUAAAGAAGCGAAUGGAAAAACAAGACGAGAGUCGAAUGAUUAUUAUUCAGUACCAUGUAAAGAUUUAGACAUGAAAAAUAUUGAAAAAGAAAACCAAAGAAAUCGCGAAAAAUCGGUACGAACUGGGGAUAUAAUUCGUGCAGAAUUUACUGAUCGGUUUGAAAUACGCACGAAAACAGGCGAUAAAAGUUUUAUGUCUGAGACAGAAAUAGAUGGAGAUAUUUACAUUCAAUUACACGAUAUCAAUGGACAGUCAUCUGAUAACAUCCAUCUAAAACGAUCUCAAAAUCACAAGAAUAAAUCUGAACACGAUCAUAUCGAUAUCUUCAAAGUCAACACAUCAAGUGCAAACCAUCUGUCCACUAUCGAAUCUAUUGAAAUAAAAAUAAAUGGAAAAGAUCAGUCAUGGUUUUGUAAAUCAAUCGAAAUUUUAGAUCGAAAAACUGGAAAAAUUUACUGUUUUUAUGUGAAUAAGUGGCUAUCAGUUAGUGAAGGUGAAAAGAAAAUAGUUUAUUAUUUUGAUAGUUAUUCAACCAAAAGUUGUGUGGAGGAAGAAGAAGAAUUAAUAAAAAGUAAUAAAUUAAAUAAAGGUGAGUCCAUUGCAUCUCAUUUAUACUCUAAACUAAACGUUCAUUUUAUCAACAUACACGUGUAGUCAGCUAGUUUGAUUGUCGUUUUUACUCAAAUUAUAAACGAUCUCUUUUCAAUCCCACAUCUUAUAUCGAAAAGGUAUUCUUAUGUAUUUUAAAGAUAAUAAAGACAAGAAAGUGUCUAUAUCAUCGACAAGAUCUUUCCUUGAUCAAGAUAAUAAUCAACAUAUAUCAUCGUCUGAGCAACAAACAUCUACAAGAAGAGAUGCGGGAGCAAGACAUUCAGAUGUCACCAGUAAUGACGACUUGGCAGGAGCUUCAAUUGAUAAACAAAAAUUGUUCGAGCGUAUACAAGAUAAACAUAAACCGGCUAUACAAUAC